CCGCGCACCACCGACCGAGUCGCUGGGUAGGAGGGUUACCGGACGGGUGGGUGAUGGGGAGUCCCGGGACGCGCAUGCGCGGUGGGCUCGUCGCUGCAGAUCGCCGAGGAGUCGACGCUGCCAAGGAAACACACAUGCAGACAGAAGGGGACCCACAUUGGUGGCGUGUCCUCCAUUCGUGUCCGCCAGUCUCCCGUCCACGAUGAUGCAGAAACCAACACCCGCGGCUAUCUGAGGAGAAUUAAAACACUGAGGACAAAAACUAAAGGGGAAAAAAAUAAAAAGCUCACACCCACAGGUGUGGUGUGCAUCCCAGGUGUAGCCCCUCCAGGUGAGAGCGGUUUUCCCGAGCAGCCAUGCCUCUGGUGAAGAGGAGCAUCGAGCCGCGGCACCUGUGCCGAGGAGCUCUACCAGAAGGCGUCACCAACGAGCUGGAGUGCGUCACCAACAGCACGCUGGCGGCCAUCAUCAAGCAGCUGGGCAGCUUGAGUAGGCACGCAGAGGACAUUUUCGGGGAGCUGUUCAACGAGGCCAACAGCUUCUACAUGCGGAUGAACAGUCUGCAAGAGAGGGUGGAUCUGCUGGCCGUCAAGGUCACGCAGCUGGACUCCACCGUUGAGGAAGUGUCUCUGCAGGAUAUCAACAUGAGGAAGGCCUUCAAGAGCUCCACCAUCCAAGAUCAGCAAGUGAUGUCCAGGACCUCCAUCCCGAACCCGGUUAUGGAGCGAUACCUUGAUUGUGACAAACCCCCGCCACUCAACAUCCUCAGCCCCUACAGGGAUGACAAGAAAGAUGCCCUCAAGUUCUACACAGACCCCUCCUACUUCUUCAACCUGUGGAAGGAGAAGAUGCUUCAGGCCACUGAGGACAAAAGGAAGGAGAAGAGGCGGCAGAAGGAGCAGAAGCAGGUGGAGGAUCCGACCCGUGAGGUGAAGAAGGUCCGCAAGGCCCGGAACCGGCGCCAGGAAUGGAACAUGAUGGCCUACGAUAAAGAGCUCCGCCCUGACACUCGUUUCACGCCGUCGCCGUACCACGGCAUGUCCUCCGAGGGCUCGCUUUCCCCCGACAACAGGUCAGUGGCGUCAGACAUGGGCGACCGUUCGUACCCUGCGAGCCCCAGCCACCCCUCCCAACAGGUCAGCGCCUCGAGCUCCUACUCCACAACGGAGGGCAAGGAGCUUCUGACAGCCCCCUCCCAGACCCAGUCGCUGGACCGUCCCUUCCGGCCCCUGGGAACCGCAGCAGCCGGGCGGCAGAACUCCCUGGGCCGCAUGCAGCCCCCCCACACCGCCCCACCCCCCGACCCCGCUCUCAACGGCCCUCGAUCACAAACCGUCAAAGACUACGGCAGCCAGCAGACACCGAUGCCGGAGUAUUUUGUGCCCCCCGCCCCACCCCCACCCCCUCCGCUCAUACCGUCUGCUCAGACGGCCUUCGACAGCACAGCAACCCCACCCACCCUGCCCCCCAGCACAAUGGCCACCAUGUCUCGACCCUACACACCCUCACCCCCUCCCCCUCCCGCCUCCUAUGUCCCCUCCCCAUCCCACCCCCCGUCUGGUGCUCCUCCCGUGGCACCCCCACCUCCACCACCAGGCCCCCCGACCCACGCCUUCUCUCCAGCUCAUCCCGUGGCUCCUCCCUCUGGCGAAGUACUCCCCAGGAAGGGCCAGGUGCCGCUGAUCCCCAUGAGCGACGCCCGCAGCGACCUGCUGGCCGCUAUUCGUAGAGGCAUUCAGCUGCGGAAGGUGCAGGAGCAGCGUGAGCAGGAGGCCAAGAAGGAGCCGGUGGGCAACGACGUGGCCACCAUCCUGUCCCGCCGCAUCGCCGUCGAGUACAGCGAGUCGGACGACGACUCGGAGCUGGAUGAGAACGAGUGGUCCGACUGAGCGCCGCCAAGAGGAGGAGGCCCAGGCUGCAGUAAUAGCCCGCUGGCCUCAUUAUCGCCCCCUGCUGCUCGCUUCCAUAUAAACAGGCAAGAGAUGAGCAAUGUAGAGCAACACACACAAACACACACACACACACAGGUAUACAUACUCAUACAUAUAUACAUACACCCUCGGGCAGGCGGCUGAUGGAAAUCUCCUCAGUGCCCGGUUUCAGACUAGCGGAAGCAAUAGCGUCAAUGCGACACAUUUCAUGCCGGAAUAUAAUAAAAUGACCUGCUGUUCACACAUCUGUAUCGUACAAGAGGCCCAAACAUCUGGGUUCACCUGGGCAAAAGGGCAAAGGGUGUCCCGGAGGUACGUACCCACAGUCCUCAGUUAUGCACAGCUUUAAGGACCUCUGUUUUCGGUUAACCAGCCACCACCGUGGUGUCCUAAACUGACACGUCUCACACAUCCAAUCAGUGAGUUUAGACCCUAUGAGGUCCAGUGUUUCCCAGGUCCUUUUUCUCACCGUUUUAGGAUGUUUGAUUUCCAGAGAAGAUCUUCCGGCGUUCCUCAACACCUAAAUUCCCGACAGACAGGUAACCUGGAAAGUUUAAGUACGUCUUCUUAAGUAGAAACAAUUGGCAAAAGACACGUUAUGGCGGAGGGGAAAACUUUAAACACCCGGUGUGCCGAGAUGAUGCGAAGACAGAGAGGCGGACGCAGCACAGUUUUUGUCGGCCGGUGUGCUGCCGGGAAGCUGUGAUCCUUGUGGACAGGUAACCGAUGGCUCCGCUAGAAACAAGGCAAGAAGAGAUGGGGUGUCCCUUUCCAGAGCAGGAGCACAUAGGUACAUUCAAGACAAGGUGGACUAUGUAUAUAAAUAUAUAUAAUACAUAUAGACACCACCUGCAUAUAUAUAUCUUAACGAUUGUGCACGGGAAGCACAAAUAAGGGGUGUCGUCCACCCCGCACACUGUCGUCUACAUGUAAAUGCAGUAUUCUUACCCCAUCUUAUUUACACUUUUCAAAGUGUAUGUAAAAAGAACCUGAAUGCUUUCAAAAAAAAAAAAACCAGGUGGGUUAGGAGGUGUGGAAAUCGGUUAUACGUACAUUUAUCUGACUCUUUUCUCCAAGGCAACUAACAGUGUGAAGCCACCUGCUGCAAUUUGUACAGGUGGGCACUUUUACUGGAGCAAUUUAGGGUAAGUACCUUACUUAAGGGUACUCUAGCUGGAGGGGGGAU